CAAAGCACUCAUUUUUUUCCCGCAAAAUCUUCACACUCUGCUCCCUUUACUGUCAUCCAGUGAAGAAAGAAGACGACACUUGACACCAUUUCUUUUUAAUUUCCAAUUUUUUUUUUUUAAUUCUCUACAAACCCCAUUAAUAGAACACAGCUGUAGUGUAUGUGGGUGUGUGUUUCUUGGUAUCUUUCUUUAUUCCAAAACAUUAAAAAUAUUAAAAAGAAUAGAAUAAAGUGGAGGGAACUUGCUGCUAAGGGAAAGAAUAUUAUUAUUAUUAUUACUUACAACAAGAGGGAAAUGCAGUUUGCUGAGUGUGAAACUUUAGUGUAUUUUUGUUUCAAGAAAAUGCACAACUUUCAGUUAUUUUUGGUGGUUUCAUUGAGUUUAUGUGUUUGUUUCUGUACUGCAUCUGUUUCUUAUGAUCAUAGAGCAAUCUCCAUUAAUGGCAGAAGAAGGAUUCUUAUUUCUGGAUCCAUUCAUUACCCAAGAAGCACACCUGAGAUGUGGCCAGAUCUCAUUCAGAAGGCUAAAGAAGGAGGUCUUGAUGUUAUCCAGACUUAUGUUUUCUGGAAUGGGCAUGAACCACAACCUGGUAAAUAUUAUUUUGAAGACAGGUAUGAUUUGGUUAAGUUCAUUAACCUAAUUAAGGAAGCUGGACUGUAUGUUCAUCUCAGAAUAGGCCCAUAUGCUUGUGCUGAAUGGAACUUUGGGGGAUUUCCUGUGUGGUUGAAAUAUGUGCCAGGAAUUAGUUUUAGAACAGAUAAUGCUCCUUUCAAGGCUGCAAUGGAAAAAUUCACAAGGCACAUAGUGAAUAUGAUGAAAUCGGAACGCUUGUAUGAGAAUCAGGGCGGUCCGAUUAUUUUAUCUCAGAUCGAGAACGAAUACGGGCCAAUGGAGUAUGAACUUGGAGAACCGGCUCGAGCCUAUUCAAAAUGGGCUGCUAAUAUGGCGGUGGGUCUAAAAACGGGUGUCCCAUGGAUCAUGUGCAAGCAAGAUGAUGCUCCUGAUCCCAUUAUCAACACUUGCAAUGGUUUUUACUGUGACUACUUCACUCCUAACAGUGAUUCCAAACCGAAAAUGUGGACCGAAGCGUGGUCAGGAUGGUUCACUGAGUUUGGCGGAGCGGUUCCUUACAGACCAGCUGAAGACUUAGCGUAUUCCGUUGCUAAAUUUAUUCAAACGGGUGGAUCGUUCAUUAAUUAUUAUAUGUAUCACGGGGGAACCAACUUCGGUAGGACCGCAGGUGGCCCGUUUAUUGCCACGAGUUAUGACUAUGAUGCCCCUUUGGAUGAAUACGGACUAAAAAGGGAAGCUAAAUGGGGACACUUGAAAGAUCUGCACAGAGCAAUAAAACUGUGUGAGCCCGUUUUAGUUAACGGGGACCCGUCUGUUAUCUCACUUGGAAACUAUCAAAAGGCAUAUGUUUACAAGAACGAAACAGGCGGAUGUGCUGCGUUUCUUGCAAAUGACGACAAAUCUGAUUUUGCAAAAGUGAAUUUCCGGAAUCAGCAUUACAAUCUGCCUCCAUGGUCAAUCAGCAUUCUACCGGAUUGCAAGACCACUGUUUAUAAUACAGCAAGGGUCGGUGCCCAGACGACACUGAUGAAAAUGACUCGUGAGCCGACAGGAUUUGCGUGGCAAUCGUAUAACGAUGAAACCGAAUAUUAUGACGAUGAUACGUUUGGAACAGUUGGAUUAUUGGAGCAAUUGAAUGUGACUAGAGAUGCUUCUGAUUACUUGUGGUACAUGACUGAUGUUAAAAUUGACGCCAAUGAGAGGUUCUUGAUAAGAGGGGAACAACCGACACUAACCGCCUUCUCUGCUGGUCAUUCUUUGCAUGUUUUCAUCAACGGUCAACUAUCAGGAACCGUGUAUGGAAGUCUUGAAAACCCGAGGAUAACUUUCAAAAACGUUGUGAAUUUAAGAGCGGGCCUUAACAAGAUUUCACUGCUAAGCAUUGCUGUUGGUCUUCCCAAUAUCGGCCCGCAUUUCGAGAUGUGGAAUGCUGGUGUUCUCGGUCCAGUUGCUCUUUCUGGUCUAACCGAAGGGAGGAGAGACUUAUCAUGGCAAAAAUGGUCUUAUAAGGUCGGGCUAAAAGGCGAAAUUUUAAGUCUUCACUCGCUCAGUGGAAGUUCAUCGGUCGAAUGGGUUCAAGGUUCUUAUGUCGCUCAAAAACAACCGCUAACAUGGUAUAAGGCAGUUUUUGACGCUCCGGCGGGGGAUGAACCGUUGGCGUUAGACAUGAACAACAUGGGUAAAGGUCAAAUAUGGGUCAACGGUGAAAGCAUCGGACGUUACUGGCCGGCAUACAAGGCCACCGGCGGUCCUUGUACCACUUGUAACUACACUGGUUAUUACGACGAGAAGAAAUGCCUGAGCAACUGCGGAGAGGCGUCUCAAAGAUGGUAUCACGUACCUCGAUCGUGGUUAAAGCCAAGGGGGAACUUGUUGGUUGUUUUUGAAGAACUAGGUGGAAUUCCGUAUGGAAUAUCGUUAGUGAAGCGGGAAAUAUACAGUGUAUGUGCUGAUAUCUUCGAGUGGCAGCCAUCGUUAAGGAAUUACCAGAUGCAAGCUUCUGGUCAAGCCACGACACCGUUGAGACCAAAGGCCCACCUUUCGUGCAGCCCGAAUCAGAAUAUAACUUCCGUUAAGUUUGCUAGCUUUGGCACCCCUCAAGGCGGUUGUGGCAGUUUCCGGGAAGGCAGCUGCCAUGCACAUGACUCGUACGACGUCUUCAACAAGAUUUGUGUUGGCCAGCAAUCUUGUGCAGUACCCGUAAACCCCGAGAUAUUUGGAGGCGAUCCGUGUCCGGGAGUACUGAAGAAACUAUCUGUUGAGGUCAUUUGUAGCUGAUCAAUUGUGAGCUUGAAUCAAAAGCUUUUCUGAUUCUUUUGAAGGUCUAUUUAAGAUUUAGAUGUCUUGAGAAUAGAAGAAGUGUUAUGAUAUGAAGAUAUGUGCUUUUGAGAAAGGUGAAGUUGUGGAGAUAUGGAAUGCAACACACCAUUUUGGUCCAAAAGCAUUAGACUAAUUAUUAUUGGUGUAUAUAUAUAUACUAGGUUAUCACCCGCGAACUUCGCGGGUAGAAAAAUUUACUUUAUAUUAA